AAUACUUGUGUGUUGCAAGAGGUUUCGUGGAAAUGACUGCUGAAAUCAGAGUAUAAAUGGUUUGCAAGGUCAGUCUCUGGAGCAGUUACUGAGCAAAACAGGAGUGGAAAUAACACAAAGUACUCAAAAUAAGUAGGGUCCAAUACUGGAUGUGUUUGGAUGAGUUUCUGAAUCUCUAGAAUGUUGUUCCUGGGCUAUGCAGCUCUGCUCUUGUGUUGGACGUGUUGUACUGCACAAAGAGCAAAAUUGUGUGACUACCCAGUUAUAGAAAACGGCAAGUUAAAAUAUGACAUCCGCUUUCACUUUCCGAAGAGAGUUGGACAGAGUGUUGACUACUACUGUUUCCAAGAUUAUUCAACCCUCACUGGAAAUACCUGGGGUCGAAGUUUUUGCUCUCUAAGGGGCUGGUCUCCAGCACCAAAAUGCCUGAAAAAAUGUUAUACCAGGCAGCUGAUAAAUGGUUAUUUCCCAAGACACCCGAUGGAUUUUUACAAAGAAGGUGAAAGAACUACAUAUGCCUGCAACAAUUAUUUCCAGACCGAGCAUGAUGUCGUCAUGUGCACAAAGAAUGGCUGGUUCCCUCAUCCCAGAUGUAUCCCUGAAAAAAAAUGCCGGCCAAACUAUGUUGAGAAUGGUCAUUUCACCUCGUCAAGAACCGAGUUCCGUUUAAGGGAAGUGGCCCCGUAUAGAUGUAAUACUGGCUUUGUAACUGCAGUAGGACAAGAAAAAGGAGAGACACACUGCCAAGAACAUGGCUGGGCUCCACCUCCAAAAUGCAUCAAAAAAUGUUAUACCAGGCAGCUGAUAAAUGGUUAUUUCCCAAGACACCAGAUGGAUUUUUACAAAGAAGGUGAAACAGCUACAUAUGCCUGCAACAAUUAUUUCCAGACCGAGCAUAAUGUCGUCCUGUGCACAAAGAAUGGUUGGUUCCCUCAUCCCAGAUGUAUCCCUGAAAAAAAAUGCCGGCCAAACUAUGUUGAGAUGAAAGAACUACAUAUCACUGCAACAAUGAUUACCAUGCUGAGCAUAAUGUCGUCACGUGCAAAAGCAAUGGCUGGUUCCCUCAUCCCAGAUGUAUCCCUGAAAAAAAAUGCCGGCCAAACUAUGUUGAGAAUGGUCAUUUCACCUCGUCAAGAACCGAGUUCCGUUUAAGGGAAGUGGCCCCGUAUAGAUGUUAUCCUGGCUUUGUAACUGCAGAAGGACAAGACGAAGGAGAGACAC